AUGCAUAAGAUGAAAGAUACAAGAGGUAUAAAUUCAGCGGCAGUUCGAAAUGCAAUCUCUAGAGAAUUCAAGAUCCAAUUAUCGUCAAGCAACAGGCAAAAAAGCGUGAGUGACAUACUAGAGUGGAAAAAUUUAAAAAGAGUUAAAGAUUGUCAUCAAAAAUUAUUUGAAGAUGAUUAUAAUGCAAUGGAAUAUAUUGUGAAAAACGUAUUUACUAAUGUUUCUGAUGGUAACAAGUCAUUUCUUAGUAUUUAUGCUUAUACAGCGGCUAUAUGUGAUAUUGAUGUACUUAUAAGUCGUGACAGUAUUGAACUUAGUGAUUCUCAAGCGGUAUUAAAAGAAGAAACUCCAGAAAUCGAAAGAAGAAGGAAAAAAUAA